GAUAAUUUCGGAAGGUUGGUACGAUAAUACGCUGGGAGCCGUCUAACAUCCCUGCUUUCAUAUGUUUUUUGUUUUCAUGUGAUUGUCAAAAUACAAAAUACAAGCGUCAAACAUGGGGCUUUUCGGGAAAACGCCAGAAAGAAAUCCAAAAGAACAGGUUAAUGAAUGGUGUAGAAAACUCAGGAAAGAAAGCAGCCAACUUGAACGUCAAAUAAGAGCUAUUCAACGAGAAGAAGACAAAAUUAAGAAAUCAUUAAAGGAAGCUGCUAAAAAAGGGGAAAAAGAUGUGUGUGUGAUUUUGGCAAAAGAUAUUGUACACGCACGAAAAGCAAUUACCAAAAUAUAUACAAGUAAAACACACAUUAGUUCUGUUCAGAUGCAAAUGAAAAAUCAGCUUGCUACCUUAAGAGUUGCUGGUUCUUUAAAGAAAUCAACAGAAGUCAUGGCAGCAAUGCAAACCUUGAUUCGGGUACCAGAGGUUGCUGCCACCAUGAGGGAACUUUCAAAGGAAAUGAUGAAGGCUGGUAUUAUUGAAGAAAUGUUAGAUGAAACAAUGUCUGAGAUGGAAGACUCAGAGGAAAUGGAAGAAGAAGCACAGGAUGAAAUUGAUAAGGUGCUAUGGGAACUUACUCAAGGUGAACUUGGCAAGGCUCCAUCUGCUGUCACUGAUUCUCUCCCAUCAACAGCACCGGAGUCUUCUCUUGCAGAUGAAGCAGGACCUUCAUCAGCUGGACUAGAAAGUGAAGAGGAAGAAGAUUUAGAAGAAAUGAAAGAGCGCCUCUCUGCUCUUCGCAGUUAGACAAAUCUGAUUGUUUUAAAUCUCCUGCACUCUCAAAGCAUGGUUGGUUUGCUUUCUUAAAAACUCUUCCUACUAAGGUCUGUAAGUCAGACUCAGUUGACAAUUUACUAUGAUGAGCUUGAGGCAGUAUUUCUAGAGGAUUGAGACUGCUAGGCUGAAACAGAACUAUAGAUGUAGUAAAGGUCUGGGAAGCACUCGUAGCAAAAGUUGCUUUUGUUUGAUCAUCUAUUUAACUUUUAUCUGUUGCACUAUAAUUCUGUUUCUGUUUUCUGCCUAGGAGUUAAAAUAUUUUUUAUUCUACUGUAGGAUAAAAUGGCAGAGCUUAAUUUACUAUGGUACAGUAGGGUACGUACUGGCCUAGAAGAAAUAAUGAAUGAAGAUAUACUAACAAAUUUUGAUUCAGAGUAAAACUACAGUACUUUGUUAAAAGAACUAAGUUCUAGUUGUGCGUGUAUGGGAACAGUUUUGUCCGUCCUCUUGUAAUGCAUACUAUGGCUUUCUGUUGUAUUAAAAUAAUAAUGUCAUCAAGAAAUACAAGCAAAUUCUACUCUAUUUUCAGCCCUGUAUUAUCAGUCCUCAAGCUUUCAAAAAGUUUUUUGAGUCAGUUCCUACGUAUUUUACAUCCAUACUUUUAAUGUGCUGUUUAACCUGUUGAUGCAAGGAAGAAAAACAGUGUGAAGAGUGUUUCUAUGAAUUUGCAUGAUCUUCAUUGUCUUACUGUACUCCCUGUUGUUGCGCUUGAAUAUUUUUGAAGCUGACCAAACUAUUUAGUCUGGUCUUCUUUUUUUGCCGAAUUCUAUAACUCCAAAUGUAAAAUAAUUAUUACAAGCGUUGGAUACUAUUCUUUGAUGUUCAAUAUAUAAACUACUUACCUAAUUCAUAAUUGUUAUGAAUGUUUUGUUACCAUUUAAUGUAUUUAUUUGUAAGGAUCUUGAUAAUAUUUGACUGCAGUACUCUGCCUAAUAUUAAUUUAAAGUAACCUGAAAAAAAAAAAUGUUUGCUAUUUUCUUAUAUUCUAUUUGAAAUUCUCAUAGAAUUCAAGUGUUUCAUUGUAUGUUUUAUAGUCUUUAGCACUAACAUGGAAAGAAAUACACAUGUCUAUAAAAGUUGGAACUUUCUGAAAUCUUUUAGUCGGGAAGUUUCUUGUGUUUGUUUAUAAGUAAAGAAUGACUUUGAUUGCUUGUUCA